AUGAGUACGAGUGAAUCAUGGUAUCUCAGCGCACGGACUUUGCUAUAUGGACUCUACUUUGUACAGUUCACAGCCCAGAGCCAAACAAAUCCACGACAGAUUGGCUACGACUACGGUUUCCUUAAGAUCGUUGAAGGUCCUUUGUAUGCCUAUAUAUCUCAAGGUUCUUAUGCUGUAUAUAUAGAAAAACGAAGCAUGACGCUGGACGGUUCAGACUCCUACGACCCCGACUUUUAUGGGGAGAAAGGUAGGCCGUGAGGAUAAUAUUGAACGAAACUAAGACACAAGAGUAGUACACACAAAACACAGGGAAAUGGCCAGUAACGUACUCAUGUGCACAGCCAUUUCAUUCGGUCAGUGUACUAAACUAUUUUAGCCACCACAUAUGUACGGCGGAUCUGUCGUCAAGGGAGUGCUUUUGCACUCGCCUUAACAGUAAAAUGCGGGGGCAGCAAUCGCUGGGGAGACCCUUCGCCUGGGGCUAUGCACUCGCCUCGGUGAUAAACGACAGGGUCAGCCAAGCUUGAGGAUAUCUGCGGCCCAUGGGGGGGGGGGGGUACUCCCUUGUAAGGGCUUAAUGGGGACGUGCGGCCAGCCAGGGCAUGUUUUUCGGGAUUUUUGUCUUAAACUGGGUAUCUUUUCUUGGAGGAUCAACAGCAAAAUUUUUACAAGCUCUAAUGUUAAUUAAUAUUGACUUCUUUUGACUUUGGCAUUGAUACCAGGCACAUCAGAAAUCGGAAUUCUGUCUUAAACAGGGUAGGAAAAUCAGCGAUUUUUGUCUGAAACAGGGUCAGGGUAUGAGGAGCCGAGCCGCACCUCCCCACCCAAGGAUAUAUUGAGUGCCCCCCCCCCCGAUAUCUGCGGGGCUUGAAGUAUCGUGUGUCUGUGUUAAUCGGGCAAUAUAGUUUGUCAGUCAGUUGUUUGUCGUUGCUGUUUGUUUUUCACAGGUAAUUAUGACAACAUGAAUUUCACCUGGGUUUGCUGGAAAAGUGGAGACUCGUCCCCGGAUUUGAACGAUCUCGGUAUUUUAAACAAGGUGUACCCCGACGGAUCAAACCCAACAGCCCCAGACGGAAAUGAGGUGUGACGAUUUAUUAUCUUUGAUAUCUAGCCGAUUUUUUUUUUUUUUUUUUUUGAAAACGAAAUUUCCACUCUUUUGAGUGGAAAAGGGCCAAAAGGCAAGUUUCUCGGUUUACACGAGCGAAGCGCCAAGAAAAAGAGAAAAAGAAAGAGCGAGGAGGAACAAAGGAGAAGAAGCGAAAAAAGCAGUGGUUGCAUUCUUACUUUUUUAUAAUGCCUACUUUAGCCGAAAAAAACCGAAGAAGCCUAUUUGGCGGUAACGUUUUCAAAAAUCCGGCUAGAUAUUAAGAUUUAUCCAAGGCCAAAAGCGAGGUUACCGUGGCGUUUGUUUGUUUGUUCUUUUUUUUAUCAUGUUUUCUGAAGUAAUGGAAAUUUCCUUAUAAACAGAGAAGAAACUGAAUUCCAAGUGAAAAAUGGACCUGAGUCUUCCAUAAAUUAAAAACCAAUAACAAUAACUAACUGGUCUGGGAAAACUUAAAAAAGAACACGUGACCUCGACGAAUUACAAAGUAGAAAAGGUUUUGAGGUUAAGAGUCGAUAUUUCUUCGAGUUUUGUAAUUUGAAAAACCUUUGUAAAAAGGCUCAUUCCAAGUUUUUUUUUUUUUCAUUUAUCAAUUUCUAAUUAAUUCUUAUUCAUUUUUCCCGUCAAGAUUUGUAACGAUCAUAGCAAAUGAUGUUAACUGCUGAUAUUUUUAAAACCUUUCGGACACGAGACUUAUGAAAAUUUCAUAAAGUCUAAUAAUAAUAUCAUAAUAAUAGUAUCAUCGUAUCAUAAUAAUAGUAUCAUCGUUUAUCUUCGACCGUUAAACGAUUUGAAAAUGUCUGUAAAAACCUUUCAUGAUAGUAGAUGGAAGAUUAUCAUUCCGUUCGUGAUAGCGGGUUUAAUUUUUUUGGCCCUGCUGUUUCUCUUUUUUGGUAAACGGCUCAACAUUUAACAUGUAAAGGAAAUGGCGAUCUCUGUGUGAAUAAAUCAUAAUCAUGAACAUUAUCAUCAGCUAAGUCAUAUCACAUUGUUAUUGUCAUCAUCAUAAUAAUUAUCCUUCUAUAUACUCGUCACCAUUAUCAUAAUUAUUUUUCUCAUAGUCUUCAGCAUCUUGAUCACCAUCCUCAAACUCAUCAUCAUCAUCAUCAUCAUCAUCAUCAUCAUCAUCAUCAUCAUCAUCAUCAUAAUUAUCACCAUCAUCAAUUACCAAAGAUGCAAAGAAGUCAACUACUAUUUGGAGGCAAGCAAUAACCUAUACCUUCAGGCUGAUAUAAUAUAUUUAUAAUAUAUUUUUUAGGUUUCUAACCAUCCUGGUGGGGGAUGCUUCAAUACGGGACCUGGAAAGAUAUCAGCCAAUAACAACAUUUCCAUAACAUUUGACAAUAGUCUUAUGCUCCUUGGAUACACAUAUUAUAUGGCACUGGUGGUACAGAAGGGACAUCGGAAGGGCGAUUACAGACAAACAGUUGUUCUUGCCAAGGCACCACCAAAAUUUAAUAUCAGGUAAGGCAGGUAAUAAACAACAGCCAAGGCUUAAAGUUCGAUGCCGUGAACUUUUCUUUCGUAACGGUUUUUGCAAUUUUUAAGACACACAAUUUUUAUACUGUAUUUUAAAGGUGUUUUCAUUAUCAGGGAAGAACUUUAUGGCAACACAAAUUUUGGUUAAGAGUUCUCUAAACUGACAUCUCCUCGGAGAAUAUUUUUAAAAUCAAUAAGGCUUCCAACUUGAAAGCCCAAAUCAGGUGACCCUUUCCUCAAAUUGCUUGCCAAAAUCUCAACUGCUUGCCAUCGUGAUGAAUCCCAAUCUACGACAGAUAUAUGUUCCUGAAAAGCCCCUUUGAAUGCAUCACAACUAAGGUCAGAGCCGGGUAAAGGGUAAAGUUCUCCUUCCUUAAGCUGACGGCGUGCUCAUUUCCCCCCUCUUCCCCACCCCCUUUUUAUAAUUGUUCCGUUUUAAGAGUAUUUGAAGUUGUUAACGCUACACUGAUAGGGUGGAACGCGCAAGGAGGAUUUGAAGUCACACCCGGGAAUUAAACUCAAGACUACUGGCGCAAAAAGGCUGCCCACUUUAAUUUUGAACUGUGCCGAUCCUUACAACUCCUGGUAAAUUUAACUUAGGCUUUCACACUUGCCUUUCACCCAAGGCCUUUCAUUAGCAUUUUUUGGGCUGGCCAAAUUGUUUCAAAGUAACAUUGUAUACGUGAUAUCUGACAAAGUUCCUUUUCACUGAACAACUUGGGGUCACUUGGAGGGAUGCAUCAAAACCUCGUUUUUAUGUUACAGCUGCUUUUCAAACUGUCAACCGAACGCUAUUAUAAGCCAGCGUAUAGGCCUGGAAGCAUACUGUGUAGGUCCAGACUGCUCAAGAACGCUAUACUUCAAAUGGUUUAUGUACGAGAGUGACAAGACAUUCCCGGGACCGGAGGGUAAGAUAGAAUGCCAUAAUAGAGAAGAGAAGUGUGACGUCAGGUUACCAUGGUAGCAAAAUUUCUGGAUCUCGACAUUCUCUCUUAACAGAGGAGGUUAUUUGCAUUGUCGACGGAUGCAAGGAAAGUGCGGGCUACUGUUUUGUUCCUGAGUGUAAUGGUGCACAGUAAAGUAGUUUUUUUUUUGGUGUUUGCUUUUGUUUGUUUUUAUUUUGCCACAUUUGUAGGACCAAGGUUUGUUAAGAUUCAGAAAUUUUUCUACCCGGCAGCGUGACGUAACGAAAAAUUAUCCUCUCUUUCGUGCCCAAAUUAUGGAAUAAUUUGUCACCCACAAAAUGGGUGGCAAAUGAAUAUUUUAUAUCUUAUUGUUUCGAUAAUUAUUACCUUAUUCCCCAAAUUUGGUCAGCUCAAGCUGGUUGUGACGAAUUGGCCGGCGGAUUUGAGCCAAUCAGGAACGACAAAAAAGGUUCGAUGAAUAAUAAUUAGCGUUAUUGACAUUCAGUUUUAAUAUUGAUAACAGUUGAAACUCCCGUCAAUGGUCAUCCAAAAUGCAAAGCACUGGUGGUCGAUUAUAGGAGGUGGUCGCACUCGAGGGUUUCAAACUGUAGUGUAUGACGAAACUUUUGUUUUCAUCGUAGGAAUUAGAAAUGUUGAUGAAGGAAAAAUUGAUUUUUUUUUCUUACCAACAGAUUACAACGCGACAAAAAACUUCUACGGUAACUUAUUGACAACCUCCAGCUCUAGAUCGAUGCUGCUACAGGAAAACGUUCUCGAAAAAAGAAAAAGUUAUAUGAUAAAAUUUAGAGUGACAACUAUAUACGACGCCAAAGAGUUCGCCUAUUACUAUUUCCGCACCAACAUUCCACCUGUAGGGGGUACUUGUGCGAUAGACAGAGACACAGGAGUAGCUGCCCGUGAUUUGUAUGAAUUGGUAUGUAACAACUGGGACGAUAAUGAUACGCCACUGGUAUACAAAGUGAACAUACCGUCGAAUAAUGAAAGUAGCGGAUACAUCGUCUUGGCUGUGUUUGAUACAAGCUCAAAGUUGCGUCUACCGGUUGGAGAUAAGCUGGAUUUAUAUCACCUACAUUUAAAUGUGUAUAUCAUAGAUUCACUUGGUGCAACGGCGAAAGUCAACCUUACAGUGAUUGUAAGUAUGUAGCACGUCCCUAACUUUCAGGCCUUGUGACGUGGGAUCAAUAGGCCAUUUCCGAGUUCCAAAACAUCUCACUUUCAAAACGAGGCUUAGUGCGAAACCUUUGUUGUGAAAAUGAGUUUUAUUUGCAUCAAAAUUAAAACUAACUUUCAUAUCAAUGGCUUCGCACUUAGCCUCGCCUUGAAAGUGAGAUUUUUGGAACUCGGAAAUGGCCUACUUAGAUUCUGGGAAACUGCCCACCUACCCCUCCCCUGACCCAACAUUUUGCCCUAAGUGAGAAGUAAGUGUUAAUGCUGACUUAGGGGAGGGGUAGGUGGGCAGUUUUCCAGAAACCUUAAUUUAUCCACGACGUGCAUAGGCUUGGAAGAGACCACCCGGCUUGCAAGCAGAGCCUCCUUUUAUCUUCUUGAAUGAGGAGCAGAAAAGGAGGCUCUGCACAUGCCUGAAUUGCGUCGAGGUUUUUUGGUCGCCGCAGCCCACACUUCUGGACUAUACAAUCUUAUUUCUCUCGUCAAACAGGUUUACUUCAGUGCGAGCAUCCGUUAAUUGAUAAACCGGUGGUCAUAGCCGAGCCCGCUGUACCAAGCGCACGGCUAGUAGGCCUAGGCCUCAGACCGUAUCCUAACAACAUGCCGCGCACGCUCAAAAAAGAUAUUUCUCGAUUCAAGCAGAGUUUUUCUUAAGUACGCCAAAUUUGAGCAAGCAAAAUCAAGGCUCUGCUGGCAGGCUUGGAACAGACACGAUAACAUUACCAUAGGCGUCACGUUGUAUCUUCGGUCGGGUACUUUACUAGAAUUAGAUGUAAUAAAUUAACGUAUUUUUCAGACUUAUUGUUGAUUUUGUAAUUUAAUUCAACCUCUGCUGUAAAAAUAAAUGAAGUUACAACCUCUCUAAUCUUCAUAAGCAAAGAAAGAAUCUUGGAUAUUUUGGAAUUGAGUGAAAAUAUUUCACAUAUUCCAUAUUUGACGAUUAUCACGUUUUCCCCCCAAAUUGACGCGACUCACGCGUGAGCACAACUUAGUACUGCGAAAAUCUCGAACUCGUAGUCGUACUCGUCUUAGAAUUUAAAGGUCUCUAUUUCAACAAAACGAGACGACGAUUUAUUGAUAGUCUUCCAAAAUGUAUAAAGCGUUUUCACAUGACGUCACGGUGGCCAUAUUGGUGUUCCAAAACAAUGAAAGCCCGGCCAUGUUGGUGUCCCAAGACAAUCCUGUGGGAGUUGAAUUCUUUUUUAAUGCAAACGCUUUCUUGUUCCAAUAAAUUUGCAGAGAUGCUGGCCACGUGAGUGAAAACGCUCUAUAGUUCGAGUUUCGGCAAGUCUUACGUCAUAAUUGCUUGCUGUGAGGAAAUCUACGUUCGCUAAUUCAUGUAAAGAAUUAACAAUCAUCACCCAUACCCUUAUAGGUCUAAUAGUCUAAGAGUGUUUUCACUCACUGGCCAGAAUCUAUGCAAAUUUAUUGGGACAAAAGAAAGCGUUUGCAUAAGAAAAGAGUUCAACUCCUAAAGGACUGGCUUGGGACACCGACAUCACCACCGUUUCAUUGUUUUGGGACACCAAUAUGGCCACCAACACAUCAUGGGAAAACACUCCUAUGAUCUGGCAGUAUCGCCUUGAGAUGAAAAGUUCUAGAAUAAACAAACUCGACUGCGAUUUCACGUAUUGGCAAUUUUUUUUUACUUGUUUGCCCCCUGAGAAACCGCGUCACAUAUGGUGUAUUGGAAAAGAGCUUUCUGUUACGUUAUUUCACUUCUGAUUACGAUCCAAGGAAACCAAAAACCAACGCUUUGAGUAAUUUCCCUCUCCAGAAACUAUAAGCGGAAAUUGUUACAAGCUUUUGGUGCAUCAAUUACUAUGAUCGUCAUGGGUGGACAAGUGUUAGUUAUGAUUGGCCGAUGGUCGUCAAGGCAACCUUCAACCCACCAUAACUAACACUUGUCCAACCAAACUAUCCCAGAAAUAGUUGCGCCGAAAACUUGUAUCCAUUCCCCUAAUAGUUUCUGGAGUGUAGUCUCCCUCGCAGCCGUUUUUAUUGUCGUUACGCAACACUCCUGGGGAGAAGCGUUGCGUGACGACACUGAAAGAGACUAUCUGGAGUGGGGAUUAUGACUGAACAAUGCCUUACAGGUAUAUCCACCAUCAAUAUCUGAACUGGAUGAGGAGCUGACGGAACUUGUUCGUGAAAAUGGUGCUCUUGAUGGUUAUGUCAAAGCAAACGAUCAACAAAGAGCCGUUCAACUGAGCAUUAGCGUGUUAAGUACCUUGGACUUUCUGCAGCAAUCAAACAACACAGAGGUAAGCCAGCUAAAGUUUCAGAAAUAUCAGGCAUCAAUAAUAUACAUAUAUACUUUUAGUUUUAUUACGGCCUUCUUACCUCUUUUUCGGCUAAGGAGGUCACCCUUCAAGCCAAGCAGUUUGUCAUGUCAAAGAUUUGCCAACUGAGAUUGGUGAGAAAAAUGUAGGGAAAGUGGGCUUACCCAGGAUGGCCCUUCUAAGCGGGAAAAUUCUUUUCCAUAUAAAUGCGGCCUGAAAUGAGAAAUCAAGCAUUCAAUUUGAAAAUGUCUGUUCAAACUUCUCAGACCAACUGCACGUAAAUACGGUAGUACUAGGCACUUCCGUGUUUUUUUGUCUGUUUGUUUGUUUGUUUUUGUUUUUUAUUGUUUUAUUUUCAACCAUUACCACAUUGCUUUUCAGAUCCGACAAAAUAUUAUCAACAGUAUAACACAGUUAAAGAUCAAUGACACUGAAAGUGUAAACCAGAUAGCCAGCGUCUUAGUGGAGGCAACUAAAGUAGAAGGGGAGAUAACCCCUCAGUCUGGGGUAAGUGUUCAUUUGUGUGGAGAAAUUAGUUUUUGGAUACAUUGCACUGAGUGAGUCAACUCUAACCGUGCAGGCAUCUCGCUAUUAAGGACACUCAGAAAGCGCGGUAGUGGCUAAAUCCCCGGAAAAACGUACGGACAUUUGAAUGAAAACUGCACGUUAAUUUAGACCCUCGCCAUUACGGACGCCUCGAAAAUGCGGCACCUAAGUCCCUGUUAAAACAUACGGACAUUUGAAUGAAACCUCAUGUUCUUCGAGACUAUCGUUACUACAGACACCCCAAAUGUACGGCAGCUGAAUCUUCGACAAAACGAAUUAACAUUUCACUGAAAACUUAUUUGAGACCAGGGGCACCCAGCGCGAUUAUAUUCUAUGAAAUAACUGUUCGAAGAAGCAAAUAUUGUCUAGAAAUUUCUAAAGCUUAGGAAAGGCUAAAAAUUUCUGAAUCAACGCUCCAUUAGUCUAAAAUAUUCGGAGAUUUUCUAAUAGCUUAACUACGAUUUUCAAAUGUUGUGUUUUCACAUUUUAAUAUCAAGAUAUUGCGAUUAUUGUUCAAAAAAAGAUCUCCUAAAACUUUCGGUAUAUAUACAAUGAAAGACGACGAAAGCAAGGCUACUUCAUGUCCUCGAGGGUAGCUAACACUUUCGGAUGAGACGAAAAAGCCAGCUAAAGACAUCCGACAGAUAAAUAGUUUUUAGGGUAACCCCAAGUUGACCAAAACGGCCUCUAAAGCAUAGAGAAACCCACCUGAGACUCUUAUGGCGUAUUUGGAAACAUUCGCUAUUGCGGAGAACACGAUAGUACGGAAGCUUCUGAAUCCCCGUAUCAAAAAGUACCGACGCUUAGCGGAUUUUUCAACAUUAACAUAAGAAUACAAUAUAUUCUUUCAUUUUUAUCAUCUUAUUUGAAUUUACUAUGUUUCCGUUGAUAAUCAAUCGAAAUUGCUGCAAACGUAGACAUAUGUCACCCCUCUAUUGCAAUUCUCUUUCAUAAUGGAGAACUGAUAGCAUCGUCUUUUCUAAACUAAGUAAACCCUCUCUCAAAUUUAAAUAAGCCCCCCUGUCUCUAUUAAGCCCCUCCCUCCUCAAAUGGGCUUAACAUAAAUAAGCCUCCUGGGGGGCGCUUAACAAAGGAUUUACGGUCAUUUGAAAAAUUAGAGCAACCUUCGGAUUAUCUACCAGCAGAUAACUUCCGAGAGCCCUAAACAGGGCCUGUGCUGUUGAUCCAACAGUUGAUUUUAGCAAAACGUGCUUUUCACAGAGCAAUGUUCAUCCGGGUAGACACAAUUCGCCCCAUGUCAGGUGAAUCCGGAUUCUGCAAUCCGGAAAAUUUUUGCUCGCCCUGGAAUCCGGAAUGCUGGUCUUUGGAAUCCGUAAUUCAGCUCAACUAAUCCAGAAAACAAGUUGCACUGACAAGGAAUCCGGAAUGCAGUACCUAAAAUCCGGAAUCCAGCACAGCCUGGAACACAGAAUGCAAGACUGUCUUGGAUGACCUUACAUAGGGCGACACAAAGAUCGCCCCAUGUAAGGGAAUCCGGAUUCCUGAAUCUGAGAAAAGUUUUGUGUAUGGAAUCCGGAAUCCUAGCUUUUGGAAUCCGGAAUACAGCUUAAGGAAUCCGGAAUCCUGGGUUUUGGAAUCCGAAAUACAGCUUAAGGAAUCCGGAAUCCUGGGUUUUGGAAUCCGGAAUACAGCUUAAGGAAUGCAGAAUCCUGGGUUUUGGAAUCCAGAAUACAGCUUAUUGAAUCCAGAAUCCUGGGUUUUGGAAUCCGAAAUACAGCUUAUGGAAUCCGGAAUCCUAGGUUUUGGAAUCCGGAAUACAGCUUAACGAAUCCGGAAUCCUGGGUUUUGGAAUCCGGAAUACAGCUUAUGGAAUUUGGAAUCCUGGGUUUUGGAAUCCGGAAUACAUCUUAAGGAAUCCGGAAUCCAGGGUUUUGGAAUACGGAACACAGUUUAUAGAAUCCAGAAUCCAAGUUCCACUGACAAAUACUGGAAUCCAGUACCUGAAAUCCGGAAUCCACAGCCUGGAACACAGAAUGCAAGACUGUCUUGGAUUAUCUUAUAAUAUCUUACAAAGAUAUAAUCGUUCUUAUCACACCGUUGUCACUUGACUUAUUACACAAAGCAAACUACAACGACACUUCUUUCUAGUUGCAGUCCUUAGGAUCAUGCGAAGAAAUGUCGGCUAUUUUGGCACAAGAAGGAAAUAACACAGCAACGACAGACUUAGUAGAAAACGCUGGUAAGCAGAUUGUUGCUGUGACUGGCAAUGUACUUGGUGGGGUAGUCUAUACCCACACAGAGAAUGCUACUGCGGUGAGUAACAAAAACUUGCUUUAUUGAUGUGUCAUUAGUGAACUUACGCAACAGGACGGGAGAGGGAAGAAGACGGCAAACCUUGUGUGACAAGCGUGACAAUAUUUUUGUUUGAAAUAACUUUUCGCCAAAAUUCACUUUCCUUUAAACAGACCUUUUUGUAAAAGACCAGAAAACAUUGAUGUUAAGUGAAGAUCACGACAAAACGCGUAAGAAAUAGCCUUGUCACGUUUGUCACAUACGAGCGUUCUGCCGUCCUCUUCUUCCUGUCGUCCUGUUGCGUAAACUCACUACUGUCUUAUUAUUAACGCUAUUCAGACCCUAUUCAAACCAGGGAGGGCUAUAGCACUGUACUGUAUACUGAAGUCCUGAAAAAUCAGUCAACCAUCGUUUAGGCCUGGUUCAGACGCCGUACUUUUUAUGUGCCGAACCUAAUUGAAUAAGUACUUUAUGUACUUCAACUAAUAAAAUCCCUACCCUUUCAUAUACCUGAAGCCUGACAAAGGUACCCCUUUCGGGCGGAGUCUCCCCGUAUAGGCCAUCAUAGGGAGUACCCCACGGGGCUUCUGCUCGUUAUUGCUACCUUCAUUGGACAAACAAGGAUUGGAUUCUAUGGUAACGGUUAGAUGGACUUCGAAGAAAAGACUAAAAACAAGAACCGUUUUUGACAACGCAGGUCGCGUGUUAUCCGAAUCAGCCGUAAAAGUCUGAAAACAAUGGCUACACUUUUAAAUUACCCUGCCAGGGUGCAAAGAAAAUCAGUUUUACAGCUUGCCAUUCGGGCAAGCUGAGGCUAGCAUUUACUAGCCCAGGCGUCAUUUCAACUAGCCCCAAAAGCUUUUUGAUGAGCAGAAUUGAUUUCACAGUUCUUGUUAUUCAAAUUCCUCAAAACACAUCACUUGCCCGUCGGGCAAGUUAAGAACAGAAUUCACUAGCCCGAUAGCAAAAAAAUCCACUAGCCCCGGGCUAUCGGACGCUACUUUCUUUGCACGCUGCCCUGGGUAAAGUUUUAUCUAAUCGACCCCAGUUGUUACUUCUUCUCUUAUUUCGAUAGCUUGAGGACCUCGCCAAGAAGGCCUUAAACCUUUCAGAAACUAUAGGAAGAUACUUCCUUCGGCGUCUAAUACCAGGAGAGAAACCGACGGUAUUUCGAAGCAAACAUCUCAGUAUGCAGCUUGCCAAGCUGCUUGUGGGUGGCGAGGAUAACAAGACUCGGGAUAUGAGCAUCAGUGGUGGGUCUUUCAAAUUACCGGAUCUUCCCGUCUUGUCUGAUUCGACUCGUUCAUACCUUGACAGAAGGGUAAGUAAGUCGGCAGUACGUAGUAGAAGAUGUUGUCAUUGUUGUUGUUCUUUUCAUUGUUUUCAUUGAAAUUUCGAAUUUUACGGCAUUAAGGAAAUGGCCGCCAAUGCUCGCAGCGCGUAAUGCUUACUGAGAAAAGGAACUUGGUCUUUAAUAAACUAGUGACUCAGCGGUGAGAGUUAUCGGCUUUCAAUUUUGUUAUUCGGGCUCAAAUCCCAGAAGCGAGGGUACCUUUCUCGUUCUUAUCCUAAGAAGUCUUUCUUUCUCAGCUGUUGGCGCAGAGCUUUGCGAGUUCUCUCUCACUCUUUUUCUCCCUCUAAUCACAGGAAGUUUUUAAUGGUUACCAAACUGUUUAAGACGGAAUCCACCAGGAAAUUGAUUAAUUUUAAUUUUCAGUGGACAAAACCCCUGUACAAGAAUUGGAUUACACAUGUAAAAUUCUGAAAAUUUCAUGUAGAAGAUGUACUUUUGUGAAAUUUGACAUUCAUUUUCUCGGGCUCCCAUUAGAUUUUUUUUUGGAGUUACUACAGAUGAUUUAUUACAUCUUUAGCCCUUGAAAAAUGUAAAAAAGAAUGCAAUAUUCUUUAAAUCAUUCUGGUACAAGGUUUUUGUCCACUGAAAAUUAAAAUUGCGCAAUUUCCAGGUGAUGGAUUGGGUCAGCGACAAACCAAUGAGUGGUGCCGCAUCUCCCAGUUGUAGACCUGGAUCAGUACAAUAACAACUUGUAGACAAAUAUGAAACGGCAAACUGAUCCUUACGGCAAGGCAAUGAAAAAGUAAACAAAAGAAUAAAACAAAAAAAAUAUAUAUAGGAUAUUACACGGUGGCGCGAAGAUAUGAAUUUUAUUUUCGAGUGGCAAAACAAUAUUUUACGAACGAGCGCAGCGAGUGAGUAAAAUAUUGUUUUUGCCACGAGAAAAUAAAAUUCAUAUCUUCAAGCUUAUCAAUGAAAUCAUCGAUAAACUCACGUGUGAGAUUAUGGAAAAUAAACCACUCGGGUCCCGGAUGUAGUUUUUAUGAAUUUUACGAGUGGUAUAUUUUCCAGUAAAACACUCGUGUCUAUAUAAUAAAUUUAAAUAAAUUUGCCCAAUAUUUUAGUUUGAAGACAAACUUUCUUCAGGGGUUUUAAGAACUCAGACACUUUCGAGUUGUUUCAAAUCUCACUAUUUCAGCUGAUCUUCUGGCUUCUGAAGGAUCUCUAAGCUAGGAAAGCCAGUUCCCAUGUUCUCAAAAACACUUCCUCUAGAUAUUACAAGACCUUACAAUUUGCUCAUACCUGAAAACAGAAAAAGUGAAAGGCUAAGACAACCUCCAAAACAUAACAUUUACAAUAGAGCCCAGGUAACUCGAACUCUUAAGGGAAACGAAAAACAGUUCGAGUUAGCGGGAAUGUGAGUUGUCGGGGUAAAUUUCAGAGAAAUAUUGAUGAAAGGAAAAUAAAUUUUUGUUCGAGUUAGCGAGGAAUUCGAGUUGUCCGAGUUCGAGUUUUCGGGUUUCCACUGUAAUUAACAGCAGUUAAUAUUUACUUAAAAACCUGGACUUAAUUUCCACUUAAUUUUCAAUUAUAAUAACCAUCAACCGUCAACAGCUCUUUAAGAUAUGACCGUCAAAGCUAUUACGCCAUUGAGACCCUCUGUUAUGUGUGAUGUGCUUCACCAUUAUCUUGCUACAUAUUGUUUUAUGUGGCUUAGCUUAUCACAUGAUCUCCUUUUUUUCUUUUUCUUUUUUUUAGAUUCAAUUUUCGGAUGUGAAUCCGUUUAUAUGGGCCAAAAAUGGUACCCAUAAGGCAGCGACCUCAGUAAUCAGCUUAUCAUUCAAGGACGAAUUUGGAAGUCCCAUAACAGUCGAGAAAACUGAAAAGCAAAUUGAAAUCUAUAUUCCCACGGGAAGGGAAAACAAUGAUACCAACAAAGCCGCCGUGCACUUUGUUAACCCAGGAAAUGACAGCAUGAUGUUUCAUUCCUUUGAAAUCAAACACAACGACACUGCUUUUGCCAUUCGAAUAGAACCAGUUAACGAAACAAUGCUCGCUGUAUAUUUACGUUAUGGGAGAAAACCAAACUUGACACAUUUUGACUUUAAGUUCAUUAUUCCGGAUUUCACGUCUUGCGUACUUCCGGGACAAGAAAACUGCAGCAUUGUAUCUGAUUUUAUGACAUGCGUGGAAACGGAGGACGCACCAUACAAGGACGAAAACUACACAAGACCGUUUUUGCCUGCAAGCUGUGGCCCGGAACCAGAGAAUGAAACCGUAACAGCUCCACCUCCGGCUCCACCCUUACCCAAUGAACAAGAGCAAACGUUUGAAUGUCCUGACGCUUGCAAAUAUGAUAACUUUACGUACGAUAAUUGCACUUGUGACGAGCUCCCCGAUGUGACAUUUCUAUUCAACUCCUCGUUAGAUGAAAACAAUGACAUAUGCAAGGCGUUCAUCGACUUUUCUCUUUGCCCAAACGACACCUUAAUUUGUAAGGACUCUGUGAAUUUAUUAUCUUGCUACCUGUUGCACUUGGAUCGUUUUAAGCAGUGCCGCAGUAUCCUCAGGACCACACCCAAAUUGUUUUAUGGCAUUUACGCGAAAUGCCUUAAAGAUCCUUUCAGGUUUUUUUUCAACAGUACUGUUGGUAAAGCAGGCAAGUGGUUUGUGGGUAUUGAAUAUUACAUACCUCCAAACGAUACUAAUACUGAGGAAGACAAGGAAACGAAAGAUAGUUUGGACUUUGGGGAAGAUGAGCCUGAUUGGGAUAGGCUAGAGGAGUUUGGAUUUUGGAGAAAACUCACAAACAAAAAUAGUGAGGACAAUGCCAGGAGAUUUUUGGAAGGUAGAGUUUUAAGAUGGGCAACACGGAGAAGAUGGGGAAGAUCUUUUCAAGGCGACGAUGUGUACGAUCAAAACUGUAAGUUUUGGUGGGUUAAAUGGUUCCAAUGUGGGACAUUUUUGGACAGAUAUAUGGGUUAUUGGAGGCUAUGGCAGGACAAGAAAGACUAUGGUGGUGAUCGUAAACGUAGAUCACUGUCGUCAGAUUCCGAUGAAACCGCUGAGCGACUUUGUGUAGUCGUCGAAGAGAAGCCCCCUCCUUUCAAAAUUGGAGAAUCAUUGCCGCUUGUUGAAGAACCGCCAGAGCUAGACGAGAAUGUGUCUGCACUCUAUUCGUUCGAAGUCAGCCUUUACACAUGCCUCUUCUGGGAUGAGACCAACGAAGAAUGGAGCACUAGUGGUUGUACGGUAAGAUUGCCUUUACCGCUUUAUAGCUUUAAAAGUUUCCACUCCGAUCCUUAAAUCUUGCAAUGUGUACGAGCCAAUAAGUUUGUUUUCUCAUAAUUUUGGCUUUGUUUUAUAUGAUGGUUGUUGUUAUUCUUUUUUUGAUAAUCAUUAUUGCUUAGCAGCCGAAUAUGCUGGGCGAACGGGCUCUGAGUGCUCCAUGCAUGUGUCAGUAUAAUUUUGAAGGCAGAGAGUAAAAAAUUGGAACCCGUUAGGGUAAGGGUUACGGUUAGGCUGCUCUCACUCUUGCUAUAUUUUUCAACGCUCGUGGAGGAAUUUUGUUACUCCGUGCAUAUCCCCUAUAUCUUAGAUAAUUACAAUUCAUUAUUUUUUCGGGGCCAAGGGUCGAAGGCCUGGAUUAUCCUAUAUUUAAUAUGAGAAACAUGUUCAUUCAGUUGCUACGAAGAAAUUAUUUGAUUAAAAAAUCUGAGCGCUCCUCAUAGGAAUGAAACCUGUGACCUUUCGGUUACUAUAUGUUUACAGGCUGGUCCAGAAUCUAAUGACGAAAAACUGCAAUGUCUGUGCGAUCAUCUUACAUCGUUUGGUGGCGACUUACUGGUGACACCCAACACAAUUGACUUUGCGGAAGUCGCCCUAGGAUUUGCCAACCUGGGGAAGACUGGCAAUGUAGGCGUCAUUAUAGCCGUGUUCGUGUUCGUCCUGUUGUACGUUUUGGGUGUCAUUUUUGCCAGAAGAGCAGACAGAAGAGACAAACAGCAGGUAUUACGGAAAAAGGGCAAAUUUUACCUUUGAAGUUAAAUUAAAAUUGCAAUAAUAUAUAUUUAUUGCUAUUAAUUUGUUCUGCAUUUUUAUCCGAGGGUGGGGGGAGGGGGGGAGUGAAUACUUAACGAAAUUGUAUACGGAGCAGGCUCCUCCCCGAGUUCUUAUUCCUUACCGUUUUUUAUAAUAAGGUUCAGAUAUAAUGCGCCCUCUGAUUCGUUGAAAAAGCGUGCUUUAUUAGAUUAUUAAACACGGCGCUAAAGCUGUCCUAUCAUCUACCAAUAGUUUAUUUUGAAAAUUAGAAAGUAAUGCGUGGGAAAUUUAACGGAUUCUUUGUCAUAAAACAAACAAAGAAGUCUUGACUGUACUCUGUUCUGUCGUAAAGCUCUUAGGAAGCGGCUAGAGCACUCGAUCAAGACUUAGGGAGACACACUCUUCUUUCGUGCUCUAGCUGCUAUCUGCAUGCCUUACAACAGAACAUAGAAUAUUCAAGGCUUCUUUAUUUGGUAAUACACCAUUUAUGCAAAGUGUUGAUGGAGGUAAUAGCAUCAUGCCCUUUAGUACACCUUUGAUAUUUCAUGCAACAGAAAUAGUUAUAAAUCCGUUAAAUUUUCCGCCGCCCGGUUAGCUCAAUAGAUAAGCGCCGGUCUGCUGAGCGGAAGGCCGUAGGUUCAAACCCCGGCCGAACCAACAGUCAGGGUCUUUAAAUAACUGAGUAGAAAGUGAUUCCUUUGCGGAAGUCGCCCUGGGAUUUGCCAACCUGGGGAAGACUGGCAAUGUAGGCGUCAUUAUAGCCGUGUUUGUGUUCGUCCUUUUGUACGUUUUGGGCGUCAUUUUUGCCAGAAGAGCAGACAGAAGAGACAAACAGCAGGUAUUACGGAAAAAAGGCAUAUUUUACCUUUGAAGUUAAAUUAAAAUUGCAAUAAUAUUUAUUUGUUGCUAUUAAUUUGUUCUGCAUUUUUAUCCGUGGGUGGAGGGCGGGGGGAGUGGUUACUUAACAAAAUUGUAUACGGAGCAGGCUUCUCCCCAAGUUCUUAUUCCUGACCCUUUUUUAUAAUAAGGUUCAGAUAUAAUGCGCCCUCUGAUUCGUUGAAAAAGCGUGCUUUAUUAGAUUAUUAAACACCGCGCUAAAGCUGUCCUGUCAUCUGCCAGUAGUUUAUUUUGAAAAUUAGAAAGUAAUGCGUAGGAAACUUAACGUAUUCCUUGUCAUAAAACAAACAAAGAUGUCUUGACUGUGCUCUGUUCUGUCGUAAAGCUCUUAAGAAGCGGCUACAGCACUCGAUCAAGACUUAGGGAAACACACUCUUCUGUCGUGCUCUAGCUGCUACUUGCCUUCCUUACAACAAUAAUCAUCGGCGAUGUGAGCACAUUGGUCCAUAGUUCGAGUUGAUAUAUAUUAAUCUAAUUGAAGACUGAAUUGAUUUUUUUCUGGUGCCGUUGAAAGACCAUCCUCUGCAUCAGCGAUUCUUCUUUCAUAACCACGUGGUAGUUAAAUCUCUCGAUCUUUUGUUGCAGCUGUCUAUUGCAAUGCCUGUCCAUACGAACAAAACUGGUGACCACACUUACGAGAUUGCAGUUUAUACAGGGAUGUUCGGAGACUCUGGUACAACAGCAAACGUGUCAAUGUACAUCAACGGUGAAAAGGGUGAGAGUGAAGUAUUACCGCUUCAAGACACAGGUGGCGCAAAACGCCCUUUUAGUCGCGGCAGUGUCAGCUCCUUUGUAGCAAGGUGAGCAAUCAACUUGUUCUCUAUCCACGCAGGGUUUGGAAGGCCAUAUUUGACCGGGAAUUAGGAAAAGUCAAAAUUUUUCGACCACUUUUCGGGAAGAGGGGACUCGCCAAAAAAUCUUAGCGGAGGAUGUUGUAUUGGGAAAUUAAAGACAGCGGUAUCCGGGGGAAAGAUGUCAGCAGUUCGGGUUGUGUGAUUAUCGUGGAAAAGAAGCAGGAUUGCGGGUUCAGGUUCACCUUUCUAGACGCUAUCUACAGCAGCUGGAACUGGAACCCCAAUGGGUGUUAGGCUUUGCUUAACUUCAUCCAACGUUAAAUUUGAUACCACAGUCUAGUGGGGACUCACUGACGCAAUCUUGAGCUCACAAAGAGAGUAAAAUCACCACGAACAAAUUAGCUUUAGUUUGACUUUUUGGCGUCAUUUUAGAAGUGAUUCAUAAAGGUUUGUCGUACUUAAAAACCACUUCUCUCUUUCCUGAUUUCUUGGUGCUGAAAAAAAAAACCAGUUGUUUCUUCAGAUCAGAUAUAAUUGACCAAAUCUGGAAGAAUUUUGCUAAAUUUGUUUGUGUUUGGACACUUGACGGACUCUUGUGGAGCUAUAGAUAUAUGCUCAGGGCCCUUAAAUUUAUCAAAACUGACCGGCCAGAACAUGUUUUUCGUAAUGAGAAUAAGAGGAUUUAGUUAUUAAUAAGGAAUUUCCAGGCAGCUCAGUCUAUUGAUAAAGAGUAUGCGUAGUAUUGAUUGGUUUCUGCACAAGUUCACGUAAAAAGGCUUUUCGUUUUCAAAAUAGCUGGUCCGGACGUCCAAUGUUCUGACUUUUAAUUUACUUGGCGCUAUUCACAAUGGCCUUUUAUACACCGUAAAUCAAAUCCAUUUGUUAAAUUGAAACGACGUUAAUUCGGGUACACAGAUAUCUAGUGUGGAUAAUAGUACUUAUGCAAUCCGUGGCAUUGUUUCAUUUACCAGUAUUCUUUUUGUCCAGAUUACCGAACUCUCUGGGUCGAUUGAACUAUGUGAAUGUGUGGCACGAUAACUCGGGCUCAAGCCCCUCGUGGAAUCUGCGACAAAUUGUGAUUCGCCACGUUCCAACGAAUAAGAAGUCGUAUUUUAUCUGUAACCGUUGGUUAGCAGUGGAGAAGGACGAUGGAUUGGUUGAAAGGGCAAUCUUCGUUGCCGACCAAAAGCAGAUGACAGGAUUUCAGAACCUAUUUUAUAACAGGGCUUCCAAGGACAUAGGUAGUAACUGAAAGUUAGCGACCUUUACAACUUUUUGAUUAAUUGUUAGCCUGCGCAGCAAGCAUUUAUAAUGGCACUGAAUUGAACUGAGUGGAGUGCAAUUUGGUCAUAAAUAAGGCGCCCUUGUUAAAAUCGUACGAGCCCACAGCGAGAAUAAGUGUGAUUAGUAUAGGUAAUAGCAUGAUUUGUAGUGAUAUUUGGUAUAAAUACCACAAGUGAUAUUUUAAAAUUGUUAUAUGUAAUUUCACGAGCCAUUAGGUGAGUGAAAUUUGAGAGUUAAAACUUUAUAGUGCUCACCAUAAAUACGGUUUAUAGUGCAUGUUUAGUACGAUAAUAAACAAAUAUGAUGAUGGGUGUUUUCCAAACAUUAAAAGUGUACAUCCAUAAAGUUAUUAAGCUGAAAUAUCACUGCUCUAAGCCAAUCAAAUUGCAGUAAUUUCUCAUGUAGUAGUAUAACAACGGAAACUGAAAUCCACCCAAUUCAAUUUAUUUAAUUUAUCGCAUCCAUUUUCAAAUCGCAUGAUUUAGUAGCCCAUAGACAGGAUUUUAUUGGCUAGUAUUAAUAUUUUAUCGAUCCAAAAGUCGGUUAAUUGUAAAAAAAAAAAGAAGUUGAACCCUAAACAUUUCUAAAUCACGUUUUGAGUAUUCAAGACAGAAAUAUUGCGAUUAAGAGAAGAAGUGAUGGAAUUAAUAGCACAAAUUACUUGAUAUAAAACAGAUGUGAUUUACAGCAAAAAAGUAUGAUUCGUGAAAAAAAAACGCCGCUGAGAUUCAAUCAGGUUGCAGGGAUCGCAAGGGAUUUCAACGUGAAUGUAACAAAUUGCUAAAUUGGCUGCCUGAAUAUUGGAUUUACUAGUAGAAUGAUCGACUAGUUGUCAAAACUGACGACAGAAUGCUAGACCACCUACAAUUUGAUUAAGAAUAAUCGACUGUUAAGCGGCGAUAAUAGGCGGACCGAAACGCACCAAUGACACUUAAGCUCUUCAUAACCAAUAACAUUCCUGCUUAACUGACAGACGACCAAUAAUACCUCGACUUAAUUGACCAAUCAGGUCAACAAGGGUUUAACACCAUCAACUGACGUAAUACAACUCACUUCGACUGUGAAGAUGAAUACCGGGUUGCCUUCCCCUACGAGCAGAGGUUUCUCUCUUGCAUAACUGUUAGCGUUUUAAUACGAAGUCGUUCGCAUCGCUUGUCAGCCGCGUUGUUGGUUUGUUUAUUACGCCCCGGGGCUUAAACACUAAAAGCCAUGCGAGACAGAAACCUCUGCCCGUAGGGUAGGUUGUCUAAGCGUCAGUCACUAUCAAUAAUAGUCCUAUUCAGGAUUAACUCACCCGAGCUACUUAUCUAACUUAUCAUUGCUAUUCUUAUACGACCACAGGUGAUGGACAUUUAUGGUUUUCAGUGUAUACGCGGCCGCCACACAGCUCUUUUACUCGGGUUCAAAGGUUGACCUGCUGCAUCUCUCUGCUCUUUUCUUCUAUGGUGGCUAACGCUAUGUUUUACGAACUUGGCGAUGCUGAGGCAAGUCUUCGAAUCAAAUUUGGACCUAUUGACUUCACAUGGCGGCAGUUGAUGAUUGGAGUUCAAAGCAGCAUUGUCAUUGUCCCUGUUAACUUGUUGAUUAUCACCAUUUUUCGUUUCACUAGACCGAGAAAGUCCUCCGGAGGAGAGGAAAAAGCUGAACCCAAGAAAGAAAUGCAAGAAAAAAAGGCGGGAGCUAAUACAAACCCAAAAGGGAAAACAAAACCGAAGGAUGAAAAAGUGAAAGGAAAAGAAGGAUCAGAUUGCAAGAAAUCAAAAGACAACAAGGGGCCAAAAGACCAGAAAUCUAAAGAUAAAAAUAAAUCUGAACCAAAAGCAAAGGACAAAAAUAAAGCUGACUCGGAAACUAAAACGAAGAAAGAAGAAUUGCAAAAAACAAAUAGGGAAAAGACGGCGCCUAAAACAGAACAAGAGGUUACAAAGAGAAGAAAAUUCAAACUUCCCUACUGGUGUAAUUAUAUUGCUUACACAUUGGCCUUCCUCACAUCCUUUGUUGGGGCCUUGUUCACCAUAUUUUACAGUAUGGUUUGGGGCAAGGAGAAGUCAGACAAAUGGAUUCUUUCAGUCAUUAUAUCUUUGGUACAAGACAUCUUUUUCGUGCAACCGUUGAAAGUAAUCCUGGUUGCAUCGAUUUUGGCCAUGUUGUUGCGGAAACCUCCCGAGGAUGACGAGGAGGAAAUAGUUAACGAUGAGGCUGAAGAAACAAAACAAGAGGAACUCACAGACGAUACUUCGGUUGAUGGCAUGAAGGAUCCUCGCAAGAAACUUUUUACCAGUGGUCCCGAUCCAAUGAUAGUUGCAAUGGCCAGAGAAAAAAAGCUUAAAGAAGCGCAGAUGUGCAAUAUAUUCUCCCAGCUUGCGUUACAGUUCUUCUUCGUCUUUCUUCUCUCAGUCGCUACUUAUGGUAGCCGAGGCGGAGACAGGUUUUACCUCUCCAAGAAUGUACAAGAUAUUUUCAACACAAAACUUGGCAAGGUAAGAAACCCUUUAACAGGCUACAAAGGAAGCUUCUGCAAGCUUUUUCGUCUGUCAGUGGCAGAGCAUCUGGAUUUAGAAGAACCUAAAGGGUCAAAGGCCCGUCUCUUGUUGAACGAACUGGCAUCCCCUGACAAAACUGGGUGAACAAAAGAAAAUAUUCUUGACAUUUUUCUUUGACUUCCUGAACAUGUUCGACAUCUCUUAAUCACAGAAACGAAUCAAAAAACGAAAAUCCAAAUCAGCAUUUCACCUCUGGCAACUUACUGUUAAACUCAAGGUUUCAAAAUUUAUAACCAAUAUAACCAUGGACGUUUACCAAUACUUCUGAUUUCCCUAUUACUUUUAUACCUCUUUAUAAGGUAAUGCUAUAAGCGUUCUUAGAGCUUACCCUUACACAAACCAUCCAGUAAAAAAUCUCCUACAAAAUUCUUGAACAAUUAAAUGUGACCUAGUGGGAAACGUGUCUCCUACAAAGUCUAUCAAAAGCAAUUGUAGAGACUAGAAAUUUUUAAAAAAGAGUCUUUUUUUUUUAACACGAACCAAAUGGAAUGACGCGAAAAUAUCUGAAUUCCAAUUGCACUACAUAAUAUCUUUGUAUAACUAGGGCUAUUCUUGUGAAAGUAUUUGACUAUUUUAAAGUAAAUUCUUUCUUAAAGUUGGGGGGUUUUUGUACUUACUUUUUCUGAUAAACGAUUUUGUCACUUCCCCUUAUUAUAAUUACCCUCAAUUUUGAUAUGGUUAGGUCAAGGACGUAUACACGUUUUGGUGGUGGGCUGAAAAUUAUAUGCUUCCUAGCCUGUACGCUACAGAAUGGUACAAUGGACAAGCAUUUGAAGAAGAAGAUUUCUUUUCCAACAAAAAAAUGUUUAUUGUUGGUCUUCCACGCCUGCGACAGGCAAGAAUCAAGCAAGGUUAGUAACAGAUUAACUCUUUCACAUGAAAGUCCCAAAAAACUUCCACGUCCCCAUUUUGCUUAAGUUCUGAAAUCCCGGCUUUCAAAUGGGGUAAAUGCAGAAUCUCAAAAGACCUAUUAGGGACCCUAUGCCACCACGCCUCCUCAUUUACAUAUAGGUGAUAGACAACUCUUCUUGUCAACAGAACCCUGUGUUGCUUGGAACGCGUAUCCUGAGUUUACCCGGUGGUUUCCAAGUUGUUACCAUGGCUAUUCCUCUAACAGCCAAAACGACCAAUCUGCCGACGCACAACUGGACUGGCUUGAUGUCUCUCCAGCUUACGUCGUUGGUGGUUCGAGCUGGAGAAUUAUUGAUAACGAAGACAGCGAAGAUACGACCAGCAACCUUUACAACACUCAGCAGACCAGUAACAACGAUAGUAUCAGUAGUAACAGUACUUAUACCACACCUGCGCCAGAUCAGGAUGUAACAGGAAGCUUGGGGAACGACGAUGGCAACGGGAAUGGUAAAAAGCAACAGGUUUAGGCUCUGUCCACACGUGCUGGGCGUAUUCGGACAAAAAGCAGGUUUCAGAAAACGAUACUUAGAGUGGAGGUUUUUUAAAACCGCCGACUUCUUGUUUUCGUAUAGGUGGACGAAAACGGAGGUUUACGAAUACCGUGAUUUCGUACAUCAUACAGCGCACACACCUGAAAGGAAUGCUAUCGUAUUUCCAUCGUUUCAGCGUUUUAAUAUGAACGGGGCAAAAUAUUUCGAAUAUAUGCUGCUUGUGGACGCUUUUUGUUUCGAAAAAGGAGAGAAAAUCUCCGUUAAAAAAAAGUAAAUGCGUGGACGAGACCUUAGGCUAAGUUCACACGUCGCCGGACAAUUUUUCGACCGGUGGAAAAUUCGUGCGUUUUGGUGUUUCGCUCACACGAAACCACCAGAACCCUUUAAACCCUAAGAUCAAAGCUAUUCAGAGUUCCGUGUGAACAGAGUAAAAAAAAUUGAACGCUUCCGUGCGAACGAGGUGUCCGGUCAAACUUUUCAGGCGGUUGAGAAUUCGUCCGGUCCGGUACUGUUUGAACGAAGCCUUAAGGUGAUGUUACACGAGAUGAUUCGCAAUGACGAUUUUUAGGGCAACACAGCGUUGCAAUGUUGGAACAAUGUUGCAACGAUUCCAAACAAUGUCGCAACGAUGCUGUAAUGCUGUGUUGCGUUGCGUUGAAAAUCGUUGUUGCGAAUCGUCCCGUGUAGCAUCACCUUUAGAUUAGCAAAACACCAACCCUGCACGUGUAUCACGCUUUUUGUACAUUUCUUUCUAAUUGCAAAAAUUAUAAUUUUACAAAGAAAAACUCAUCUAGUUGCUUCGUAACCAAGUCAUUUUCUUUCCUUAAUGCUUCUACAUUGUUUUUUUUCAUGAUCUUUCCUUGCUCAAAAGUGCAGUCAGGAAAAAAAGUGCUUUUUUGCAGCGGAGCAGCAAAACACACGUGUGCUCACUUCAACGACUGAGGUUUUUGUAGUCGCUUACAAAAGAUGAUCGCGAAGGCAAUAGUCCAGAACUGCGGCAAUUUAAAUAAAGGAAAUGUGAUAGCGUAAAGGGAAUUUUCAUAUGACGUUAUGCCUGCCAUAUUGGUGUCGCAAAAUAAUAUAACGGCGGCAUUGUUGGUGUUCCAAAAACCAGUCCUGUGGGAGUAGAACCUUCUGGACUCCUUUUUAUGUAAAAACGUUCUUUGUUAAAAUUUGCACAGCUGCUGGCCGCGUGAGUGAAAACGUCUUAACCUUAUUUUCCUCUAUUUUAUUUAGGAACUUCCAACAUUUUUGCAGGCUCAGAAUUUAGAAUCUUCUGUACCCAUACACUGGAGUACCACGAUGCUUUAUCUCUUGGUACACUCCCCAUUGUCACGGAACGCAACACGUACACUGGGGGCGGUCUUCUUGCGGAGCUAGGGUACGAUAUAGAAACGGCUCAAAAAGUUCUUGCCAACCUCAAGGACGAUAUCUGGAUCAACAGACUGACAAGAUUGGUUUCGUUGGAGUUCGUUGCCUUCGAACCCGGCACCAAUCUCUUUGCGUAUGGUCGAUACAACUUUGAAUGUCUUCCAACUGGAGGGAUUUGGACAUCUUACCGCAUUGAUCCUAUUUCGUUCGUCGGAAGCAUCAACUCGAGUUUCAGUUCCAUAUUCAUCGUUUGUUAUGUGCUGAUUAUUAUUAUUCUCUUAUACUCGAUUUAUCGGGAAUUCAAAGAAAUGCGGCAGUUGAAAAGCAAGUACUUCAAAGACAUCUGGAACUACAUAGAGUGGGCCUUCAUCUCCUUUACCAUUACAACGAUUGUACUGUUCUUUUUCAAAUCAGAAUACACCAGGUAUUACUUAAGUAUCUUUAUAUGUAAAGAGAAACAAUGCUUUGCAGUCAUAGUAGAGGAGUCUUGUUAUGAAACCCGGCAAACAUCAAAGUGGAAAACAACGGUGCUGUAGGUUAUGUUGGAAGCUCCCCGAUCGUGCACAAUCCUUUGUUUUGAGUUCACAAAUUUGGACUGGAUAAAUUAAUGCGAUGGAUUUUGGUGUUCAGUAAGUUCAAAAUGAUAGGAAUGCAAUUGAACGACGUGCACGGUCAGGUUUUAAAAAGCUAACAAAAAACACGCAAUGGACGGCUUAGUGUGUAGUAUCAAGGGAUGUUUUUACAACCGUAUUUAGACAAAAUACGUAGAGUCAAAAUACGAGAUAAGUAAACAUACCCCACGAUAGUACAUUCGAAAGGGUUUAACAAGAUAUUUUUUUUUUCCACUUAGAUUGGAUAUAUAGAACUUCAUUAAUUUGCACAAUUACUUGUAACGAGAAUUCGUGACAUGAAACAAACGUCACUCCUGUGCAAGUCCAGUUUCGAGUGCCUUUUCGACGGUUUUGUUGUUUGGUUAAGUCUUCGCUCCCAUUUGCUAGCCACAAAAAAGAGGGAAUAAUAAAUAAUUUAUAAAGCUUAUAAUGGCCUUGCGGUUUUCGUGUAAAACCGCCAUCCAAGAAGACAGAAAAAGAAAAAGGUUGCAACCGAAAGAAAAAAGAAUCAUCCGCCAAAUUAAGGAAUUUAAGAAGAGAAGCAAAAUGAAUGGAUUUUGUCUUACACAGGGUUAGCGCUUUAACGCGUUGGCUACCCAAACCUCCCUUUCAAUGCUACCACCACUCCCCUCCCUUCCCCUCUAGGGUUACCUCUUGCCGAUUGUAAUAUGAGCAAUAGACCAUUUUUAAAUUCCUUUAAACAAUUUCGCAAGGCUAGGGUUAAGAAAAUACGUUGAUUUGUUAAUGAUCUGUAUAUCCUACCCUUGGAAGCCUCGUCCAUCUCUUCAUUGUGUAAGCUCACCGAAACGGAAUGCAGGAAAAAUCUUUUCACCGUAAAUUUGACAUACGAAAAUGAUCACGUGAUUCAACGUCGUUCUCGGUUACAGGUAAAUGGAUCUAAAUGUCCCAAUUAUAUCACAAUCGUCAUUAUCAUCAUCAUCACCAUUAUCAUCAUCAUUAUCAUCAUCAUCAUCAUCAUCAUCAUCAUCAUCAUCAUCAUCAUCAUCAUCAUCAUCAUCAUCAUCAUCAUCCUCACCGUCAUCCUCAUCAUAUUAUCAUUAUUAUUUCCAAUAGGAGGCUGGUUGAGAAAGUGCAGGCCAACCCUUACGCCCGAAUGAGCUUCGAUUAUGUGGCUUUGUGGACAGACACAGAGAGUGUGUUUCUCGCUCUGGUCAUCUUCCUGGCGACAAUGAAAUUCUUGCGCAUCUUAAAGUUUAAUAAGCACAUCAGCAUAGUAACCAAGAGCAUGGCAAUUUCCAAAGGACCACUGCUUUCCUAUUCCGUUUGCUUUGUGGUGGCUCUCUUGGGAUUUGCUACGUUUGGUAACAUCACCUUCGGCUCCUCAGCGUACAUGUUUUCCACAUUUCCAAGAUCGAUUGUUAAUUCGUUCGAAAUGAUCCUUGGUAAAGGUGAGAAAAAUCUUCGAUUCAACACUGGACGAAAAAUAGAUUUACAUCAAAUUUACUUUUGGUCCUUACUAGCAACUCUACCAAGUACGUGUACAUAACAGCACUUUAACAUCCAACGACGCGACCGCAACAAGAACAUCAAAGAAAACCAAUAGGUUUAAAAAGCAAAACACCAACUUUGCGUGCAUCACACUUUUUUGUACAUUGCUUUGCCGUUUUUGCACGACUACGACGUGAAAAUGCCUAAUUUUUGCGUUUUAUGGAGAACGUAAAGAAACAACGACGAAAUUUUAUCUCCCUUUCUUAACUUGGAUAUGGUCUCUUGGAAUUCAACUUACGGAGAGUUCGCCUACAUUUGACAAAGUACGUGGGUAGGAAUAAUCGCAAUGGAGACUGAAAGAACGCAAAUUCACUUUUAAGCGACGUUCUCGUUGCUCUCUCGUCGUUGGAUCUUAAAGUCCCUGUUCCCAAAUAGCGAUGCAACCAUAAGCGUAAGCAUAACAUGGUCUUUACCGGCGACGCAAGCAUAAACAUAAACAUAAACAUAAGAAGCUAUAGGCCUUAACAUGAGCAUAACCGUAAACCCCAAAAUUAUCGAUAUAAAAACCUGGCAUUCUUUUAAUGCUUAUGCUUAAACGUCAAGGCCGUCUUCAUUAGUGAAUGCCUAUAAGCUGGUUAUGCAUGCUUAGUAGGCUUGUGCUUGCGUCGCAUUUUUGAAAAUAGAUGAGGGUUGGAAUGACUUAACUCCAUCAGUGUAAAUUCUACCGGAAUAAACCAAAUGACGAAAUCAUUAGCUAUGUCCUUCAUCUGAUUUCUUGUUAUUGUCUUUUCCUUUUAGGAACCAACUACGACGAGCUGGAAUCAAUCAACCGCUUCCUUGGGCCAUUCUUUUUCUUCACGUAUUUUCUCGUUACGACGCUCAUCUUGAUGAAUUUCUUUGUGGCCAUACUCAAUGACUCCUUCACCGACGCUAGAGAAAUUCUUGAAGCGGAGUCCACGGGGGAAAAUAUGUCAGACUUCAUUGAAGAAUACGCCAAAGACAAGCUGAAGGAAAUAUCAGACGAACUACGAGCAAUAAUUGGCGGAAGAGAGAAGAAUAACGCUGCCAGUAAUGGCAAGCCCAAGAAAAACAAAACAUGGGAAAGAGAUUUCUUUUUGUACUAG